CCAUACCUCCAGAAGUAUUGGCUACCUGCCGCUCUCGCCCGACGGCAUAAAUAUGUCACCUUCCAUGACAUUCAAGGUCAAAGGAUGUGGGAAGUUGUCUCUAGCAUUUCACAAUAUGAAUCGGAUGGCAUUUGCAAUUCGCCGACACGAGAUUCAAAUUGACAACAGAGCAGCCUACUCAGUAACAACCACCAUAGCAACGGGAUAUGGAUCCACCUUCAAAGGUUUACGUGUCCUCAAGAACGGAAGAAUGCAACAGGGGAACAGAUGCAGCGAUUUCCGAACCUUUCGGGUAAAUUAUUCGGGAAAUACCUUGCUGUUUGAGGGAUGUGAUUUGAGGAACGAAACACUGUUGAGAUUGUCCGCACCUGACUUGGCAAUGCAUCAAUAUAUGAGUGCCUUCAGUGAGAAUCAAGCAGACUGGGUGUUCGGUGUAAAGGAUUUCUGCAAUAACACCAUACGACCUGUCACACCAUUGCCUCCCGUUCCAGGAAAGAAAGACCCUUCCAGAAGUGCAUGUGGCCCCAACUCCGCAUCACCAGCAUGUGAUAACAGCAGUGUUAAUCAACCGGCAAAGGGAGGUAACACAGGUUGGGGAGACAACCCCUACAAGACAACUGGACCAACGACAACUUCAGUCCCGUAUCCAUUGGUGACGGGGACUGUUGCUGACGAUACAGUCAUGUCGAGACCUUCAACAUCCAGCAACUUCUCAUCCGGCAACUCAACAUCAGCUACAGAACAGGAGGAACGCGAAAAGUUCAAAGGGGGGUUGGAAAAAAUAUCCAAAGCUUUGGGAAGUUCCUGUAGGAGUCUGACGUCCUUCACUUUCACUAAUAUCAUUCUUAUUUCGUGUAUCUGUUCCUUCGCUAUAUACUCGCUCUGACAUACGGAAAUGGUGUUGUCGGGCCGAUGAAGAUAUAUGUGUAGCAUCUGAGGCCAUAAGACGUAUAUAUCAGUUAUUACUGCUGUUAUAUCACAGAAUAUUUGACACAUGACCUUUCUGAGUGUUGGUUGGUCCAUUUUCUUGAGUAUAUUUAUUAUCACGAUUCGAGUUGGCCACAAUGACUAAUAUCAAA